CUCGGAGAGCAGGGACUCGGACUGCCUGACCUGCUGCUCGGUGCCAGUGGGGCUGGCAUGACCCACCCGGAGGCCGACACCCCCGAGGGAGCAGAGAGACCGCUAGACCGCACCGAGGAUGGCAUUGCAGACAUUGAGAUGGGGCCCCCGAAGGAAGAGCAAGUGGAGGAGACCCCUGGGGAGGAAACUAUGCAAUGGAGAGAAAGCUGGGAGUCUGGGCCUCCGGCACUGGAACAGCACUGCAUGCCUGGCCAGGCCGAGCCGGAUGGGAUGGAGCUGGAAGAAAAUAAUGUAUUCAUGCAGGAGGAGAGCGCUCUGGACAGCCUCCCUGGCCACCCCCCUGAGGAUAUAGAGAUGAGACCCGUAUCAUUAACCGAAGAGAGCGAGGAAAGUUCCCAGGGAUUCACCGAACAGAUGAAGGUUGUUUUGGAGCCCUUCACAGAGGGACCUGUUCCAGUGGAGCUGGUGACAAAACCAAGUCUUGAAUCGGUUUCGCAAAUGGAAAACUCUGUUAAUGAGGGAGUUGGACUUGUAGGAGAUACAGAAAGGCUAGUUACAAGCCAAGCCUUUAUGGAGUUUGGGCUAAUAAGUAACUCAGACAUUGGGAAGUUUGGAGCAUUGAAAAAUUGGGUCCCUGAUAAAGUUGAAGUACAGGUGUCUGUCCCUGAGAAGGUUGAGCUAUUUGGGGCGCCAGUCCACAGGGAAGGGGUUGAGCUACUUGAGGCGCCUGUCCACGGGGAAGGGGAUGAGCUAUUUGGGGCGCCUGUCCAGGGGGAAGGGGUUGAGCUAUUUGGGGCGCCUGUCCAGGAGGAAAGGGUUGAGCUAUUUGGGGCGCCUGUCCAGGAGGAAAGGGUUGAGCUAUUUGGGGCGCCUGUCCAGGGGAAGGGGUUGAGCUAUUUGGGGCGCCUGUCAAGGGGUUGAGGGGGAAGGGGUUGAGCUACUUGGGGCGCCUGUCCACGGGGAAGGGGUUGAGCUACUUGGGGCGCCUGUCCACGGGGAAGGGGUUGAGCUACUUGGGGCGCCUGUCCACGGGGAAGGGGUUGAGCUACUUGGGGCGCCUGUCCACGGGGAAGGGGUUGAGCUACUUGGGGCGCCUGUGCACGGGGAAGGGGUUGAGCUACUUGGGGCGCCUGUGCACGGGGAAGGGGUUGAGCUAUUUGGGGCGCCUGUGCACGGGGAAGGGGUUGAGCUGGCCGCGGCGCCUGUCCACGGGGAUGGGGUGGAGCUGGCCGCGGCGCCUGUCCACGGGGAUGGGGUGGAGCUGGCCGGGGCGCCUGUCCACGGGGAUGGGGUGGAGCUGGCCGGGGCGCCUGUCCACGGGGAUGGGGUGGAGCUGGCCGGGGCGCCUGUCCACGGGGAAGGGGUGGAGCUGGCCGGGGCGCCUGUCCACGGGGAUGGGGUGGAGCUGGCCGGGGCGCCUGUCCACGGGGAUGGGGUGGAGCUGGCCGGGGCGCCUGUCCACGGGGAAGGGGUGGAGCUGGCCGGGGCGCCUGUCCACGGGGAAGGGGUGGAGCUGGCCGGGGCGCCUGUCCACGGGGAAGGGGAUGAGCUGGCCGGGGCGCCUGUCCACGGGGAAGGGGAUGAGCUGGCCGGGGCGCCUGUCCACGGGGAAGGGGAUGAGCUGGUCACUGCACCUGCCCAGGGGAAAGUUGUUCAGUUACUUGGGGAGCCUGCCCACGAAGAAGGGGUUGAGGUGGCCGGGGCGCCUGCCCACGAAGAAGGGGUUGAGGUGGCUAAGACACUUGUCGAGGAUGUUGAGUUGGCCAGGCUGCCUGUCGAGAUUGAACUACUCAGUGCUCCUGUACAAGUGCCUGCACAUGAGAAAACUAUUGGGUUAGAAGUGCCUGUACCAAAAAUGGAGGUGCAGGAAGCUAUACCAGAGAUUGAGGGUGGGCUAGUAUGGGCUCCUGUCAUAAAGAAAGCAGAUGAGAUAGCACAGACCCUGGUCCACAAGGAGCAGAUUAAGCUAGUACAAGCACAUGUCACUGAGGAGGAAUUUGAGGUAGAGCGGACUCCUGUUAUUGAUGAAGAGCAUGAGGUAGAAAAGAAAUCUAUCCAAAACUUUGAGAUUGAUCAACAGUCUGUCCCAGAGGUGGGGUUUGAGGUAUUACAUAUACUUAGCCCAGAAGAGCCAACUGAGAUAGCACAGUUGCCUAUCUUAGAGAAGCAUGUUGAGGUAGUAGAGAAACCUAUACCACAUGAACCUUUAACAGAGGAUGGUGAUAAACUGCAUAGGCUAGUCUGUGGAGAAAUCCAACACACCGCAGAGAUAAUUCCAGUGGUAACCAGUCCGUUUGAGGAACAAAUAUCUGUGAAAGGUCUGCUUACAGAGGGACUGAUUUAUCAGGCUGUACAAGCAAUACCUGUACAAGAAUCCGAGAAGCAAGUGCUAAAACCAGUAAAGGAGGCUGAACUGCCUGCUGUCCUUACUGGAGAACUUUUGUCAGGUGUUGUCCAUGGAAACACACAACCUGAAAUUUUGUUUGUGGAAGAUGAGACUGUUAUUGAUCAAGCCUCUGAAAAAAAUCUAAGUUUGAGGUGUCUAGAAAAAUAUGAGGAAAUCCAUCACCAUCUCAAGCCAGUCGCAACACAGAAUCAUAUUUUCCAGUCAGGUUUUGGUGAAGUAAGUGAACAAUGUGAUCCUUUUUCUUCACAAAAGGAAAAAUGUUUCAAACCUGAUGAGAUGAUUGAACAGUUAAUUGAACCAGUUCUCAAACGGGAUAAGCUAACAUCUGAGGAAAUUUGUCAUGCUUGGGAUACAAAAUCAAAAUCGACAAUGGCACCCAAAAAAACUGCACAAAUGACCAGAGACCUUGAGUGUGAAUCUGCCUCUAUGGACAUUGAAACUUGUCACGAAAAGAUUUACGAGAAUAACGUCUCAUUGGGCAAUGCUAGACUAAUCCCUCUGAGAGAAGGACUUGUUGCUUCAUCGGUUACCAUGGAAACUGAGUCUGGCAUAGAAUCAUCAGAUUGCAUUCCUAUAGAGGCUCACUCUCGAGAGGUUAAUGGAGAUGCUGUUUAUAGGGACCUUGAACAGGUUACUUGUGAAAAAGGUGCCAAGUCUAACUCUGUAACUGGAGAGAUUCUGGUAGAUGAACAGACUACUUCAAGGAGUAUUGUGAGGUGUGAUGGCGGCAGAGACUUAUGUGUGGGUGAGCCAAGAAAAUCUGCCUCUAAUACUCACCCACAGAGGCUAUCAGAUGACUCCCUAAGCCACUGCCCUUCUGCAGGAAACCCUGAUAUGCUGGUCAUAGGAGGAAUUGAUGGCCUAUCUCUUGGUUCACAUGUCCAAGUCACCCUUGAUCACAUCAUACAGGAUGCACUGGUGGUUUCAUUUCAGCAUGGAAAUAGACUCUUCUCAGGGGUGUUAAUGGAUUUGUCAAAAAGGUAUGCAUUGCACUUGAAAAUAAAAUGUGUUUAAAUUAAAUUAAGGCAAAAUUGUAUAAUGGUAAACUGAUAUAACUACAUUUUGUUGGGUUUCAGUAUACUUAAAUAACUUGUAUAGUUAGGUUAGUGAAACUGCUACAUUGAUUAUACUAUGCAACCUCUUAAAGGAACACUUUAUCGUUAGGAAUACCAGUUUUCCUCUGCCAUGCUGGUAUGGUGCUUUAAAGUGCAAAUUUAAUAGUUGUGCUAAUAAUACUUGCUGGCCCUUGAAUAAUGAAAAUUCCAUACCUUCAGGAAGUGUUUACUUAAAGGAGCACUAUAUAGUGCCAGGAAAACAAACAUUUUCCUGGCACUAUAGAGUCAUUAGGGCCUUCCCGCUGGGCUGAAGGGGUUAAAACCCCUUGGACAACUUGCUUUUCUUCAGCGCCAGGCUCCCUCUGUGCUGGGGAACUCUCCACUCCCUGCCAACGUCCAAUCAAAAUGCACAUGCAUGGAAAGACCUGCGCGCACCUUCAAAGAGCUUGAAUGAAGGCAUUCCUCAAUGCUUUCCAAUGGACGUCCAGCGUCUUCCCACUGUAAAUUUUUUUUUUUUUUUCAGCGAAAAUCGCGAAAGUGCCUUCAGCAGCUGUCAGUGAGACAGUCACUAGAGGCUGGAUUAACACUCUGUAUACUGUUUUCAGCUGCAGGGUUAAAACUAGACGGAGCUGGCACCCAGACCACUUCAUUGAGCUGAAGUGGUCUGGGUGCCUAUAGUGGUCUUUUAAGUGUGAGUUGCUGAAAGUCAAAGUGAAUUUAAAAUUGUAAGCCAAAAUAGGACAGUGACGAAAAACCUGUGAGUGGAAAAGUGUAAUGGAAAGAUUGCACUACAUAAGUUAAUAACUCAGUUUGCAAAGUUACAAGUGUGUAGGGUAGAUCGCCUUUGGAGUCCUAAAUUUCGAAGAUCAUACUGCUGCUAGAGCUCUGGUCUGGUUAGCCACUCUAAAUGUGACAUCCAUUUCAUCCCAAGAGCUGCAUUAUCCAUAUCCCAGCUUCUGGCUUGUGUGUGGGGUGUUUUUUCUUUGUGUUUUUUUUUUUUUUUUGUCUUGUUGACUUUUCUCUCAAAGGUGUCUUGGUGAAUAAUACUGUUUAGUGAAGGUAUUCCUUUGAUAGUGGCCCAGAUGUGUGGGUGAUUACAAGGACCUUUUCAGGUAACCUACAGAACUUGAUCUUUGUAUAGACUAAAGAUACACUUCUUACUUACUUUACAUUUUUAAUUAAGAUUUUUCUGGAUCCAUUGUGGGAGCCUGCUUGUGUACCAUUUCACUGGUCCGCAUAGCUGUAACUUAAAGGAACACUAGAGUGACAAGAAUGCAAACAAAUAUUCCUCUCCCUAUAGCUGUAAUAUCGCUAUUUAGGCCCAUAGCCCAUGUUUAACCUAUGUAAAAGGAAAGUUAAAGGGACACUCCAGACUACUUCUGCCAAUUGGAGUGGACUGGGUGCCAACUCCCACUACCCUUAACCCUGCAACUGUAUUUAUUGCAGUUUUCAUAAACUACAAUAAUUACCUUGCAGGGUUAACUCUUCCUCUAGUGGCUGUCUACUAAAGGGCACUUCAUGGUUCAUAGCACAGGUUUUCCGUGCUAUAGCGUCGCUGGACGUCCUAACGCUAUGUCAGGACCUCCAGCGUCGCUCAAUUCCCCAUAGGAAAGCAUUGAAAAGCAUCCUAUGGAGCAUGCGCAUUAGGUCUCCUCAGCUGGCGGGUGGGAUCAGUCUCCCCGCCGGCUGACGUAAUGAAGAGGAGCGGCGGCAACCCGAAACACAGGGACAUCGGCUGGGGUCUCGGGUAAGUCACUAAAGGGGUUUUCACCCCUUAAUCAACCAGGGAUGGGUGGUGGGAGGGAGAGGGGACCUGCAAUGCCAGGAAAAAGGAUUGUUUUCCUGGCACUGGCGAGUCCCUUUAACUCCCCUUUUUAAUCCAGUACCACCUUGAACCGCUCCUUCUUGGCUGAGAUAAUUAAAACUGACUAUCCCUGCCUAUUUCCUAUGGUAAUGCAUUAGGAGGCUAUUGCGCAUGCGCAGCAAAAUGCCGCGCUGGCCAAUCCGCAUCUCUUCAUAGAGAUGCAUUGAAUCAAUUCGUCUCUAUGCAGAAUGUAAAGUGUCCCCAUGCAGAGUGUAAAGACAUUGACCCAGGAAGUACCACUACUGGCUGUACGAGUGACUGCAACUGGAAGUGUCCUUAGGCAGUAAUGUAAAAACAGUGUUUACAUUUAAAUGCCUGCAGAGACAUGCUGUAGACACCAGAACUACAUUAAGCUGUGGUUGUUCUGGUUUCUAUAGUGUCCCUUUUUAAAGGGACAGUCCAGGCAGCUAAACAAGUUAAGCUUAAAUGAAAGCUAAUAAGCUCAAAAUAUUUGGCUAGUUUUUCCUUCAAUUCAGUGUAGUUUUGCUGUUUUCAGCAGUGUAACCCAGUCUAGUUAGCCACCCCACUCUCACAUUUCAACAUGUUCCUAAUUCCCAGUCUCUGUAAGAAACAUAUUUUUGCAGCUAAUGUAAAUAGAGGCAUGUCUUAUUUAGUGUAAGGAAUGCUCACAGACUGCACUGCAGCUAGAGCCCAUAUGUGCUCUGCCACCUUGUAAUGCAAGUAAUAUUCUCCUGCAGCUCCUGUCACCCACCCUCACUACCCGCAGUUAACCCCUUCCCAACCAGUCCCUUUUACCCAACCUCAGUGUGUGUGUGAUUUUAUAUAUAUAUAUAUGUGUGUGUGUGUGUUUUUAUUUUUUUUAAUUUUUUUUAUUAUUUAUGAGAUGACAUAAAAUAUAGUGUCGUGUAUAUGACCCUAUAUGUGGUGUGUGUGUGUGUGUGUGUGUGUGUGUGUUAGAUGUGGUUUGUAAGUUCUAUUGUCUGAAUGCUGAGGAGGAUUGGUCAGGCAUUGUGGGCAUGUGUUGAGCUCAGUAAAGCUCCUGCAUGCAGAGUAAGGAGUGUCAUUACGGAUUCUCAUAGAGAAUCACUGGAGCAUGGACAGUCUGGCUGAAAUGCAGGGAGAAAGAAAAGGGGAUAUGACAUGAAAUCAGAGGAGGCGCAAACAAUUUGAUCAAAGUCAAUGUUUUCGUUGCAGUGUUAGCCUACCUCUAGUGGCUGUCAUACUGACAGCCAUUAGAGGUGCUUCUGUUGUAGUGCAUGUGCACCAGCCUCCCAAUGCAUAGUAAAGCAUUGGAUUGGCUGAGGUCAUGUUGCUGAUCUCAGUAAAGAGGUGGAGCUUCCCAGAAGAGAUCAGCGUUGCAAGGGAGAAAUUGUAAGUAAAUAAUUUUGUUCCUAACUUAAUAGUGUUCCUUUAAGAGAUUCUAACUUAAACAGACUGCAGUAGGAUUAUGCAGGGGAAUUGAAGUGGCUUGGGUGCAUUACCCUGUCUUCAUGACUCUGCAUUGUUUGCAUUGCAGUGUUAAAUCCCCCUUUGGUGGCUGUCAUACAAUACAGAUGCUUCCGUGGCACUGACAGAAAAACACUCUCUUGUGAUGUGGAAGCCCCUGUGGGAAAGCAUUGCUUAAAUGCUCGCCUAUGGGGAAACUGAGAUGUGCUUGUGUGAGGAGCAUAGAAUUGGCGUCCAUGCCUGUUUUGUGACCUCGUGGGAGGUCUCCAACAUGUCUUGGCAUUGUAAUAAAGUAAGUAAAAUCAUAAAUUUAUUUUCAUAAAAUGGGAGGAGGGAGCCUGUAUGUAGUGACAGGUUUGUAUUCCUGACAUUUUAUUUUUUUAUUUUUACCCUCCUUUUAAAGGGACAUUAUUUUAUUUAUAAAAUGCCAUCAGAUUCUGUAGCGUUGUACAAUGGGUGGACUAACAUACAUGUAACUGUAACCAGACAACUGGAUGUACAGGAACAGAGGUGGAGGGCCCUCCUCAAUGCGCUUACAUUCUAGAGGGAGUGGGGAAUAGUGACACAAAGGGUAAAAGUAGGGGUAUGAAGUAGGUUGUUAGUGAAGUAUUGAAGUGCGGGAUAAAAACCUGCUAAAAGUUUAAUUGAUAUGCUUUCUUGAAGUGUUUUCAAUUAUCUUUUUGAACGAGUGGAUACUGGGUGAACGUCUUACAGGGAAGGGAGUUCCACAGAGGAAGUGCAGCCCUGGAUAAAUCUUGGAGGCGCGCAUUAGUGGUGGGAGUAUGGACAUGAGGGGUGAAGAAGUUGGGAGUCAAAAAGAACACCCAGGCAGUGAGCCUGCAAGGUAGAGGUGAUGGUAGCGCCGUUGACUUGGAGUUAGACAGACACGGGAGUGGUAACACUUGAGGGAGGAAAGACCAUAAAUUGUGUUUUGGACAGGUUGAGUUUAAGGAAGUGAGCAGCCAUCCAGUUGGAAAUCGCAGAGAGUCAGAGACACGAGUCAAGAUGGGCAGGGAGAGGACAGGCAGAUUUGCGUGUCAUCUGCAUAGAAAUAACGGAAGCCAAAGGAGCUGAUGAGUUUACCAAGGGAGGAGUUAUAGAUAGAGAACAGUAGGGGACCAAGGACAGAACCUUGGGGGACACCGACAGAGUGGUUGGGGGGAAGAGUCUGAGAAAACCACUGAAAGAGCACUGGGAGAGAUAGGAGGAGCACCAGGAGAAAGCAGUAUCCCGUAGACCAAAAUUAUGGAGAAUGCAGAGAAGCUGCUGAUGAUCAGUGUCAAAGGCCGCAGAAAGAUUAAGGAGCAUUAAGAUAGAGUAAUGGCAGAGAUUUAGCAGCAAUUAAAUCGUUGGAUACUUUGGUCACAGUGCAGCAUAAAUUUAUAGUGAAGGACAUUAUACUCACUUCUCUCAAUAAAGUGGUCUACAUGCACUAUCCUAGUUUCAUCCCUACCAUGUAAAACAUUGGUGUUCUGCAGAAAUAUCAAUGUUUACAUUGCAGGGUUUAAAUGUCUAUAGUAGCUGACAGCCACUCAAGGCACCUCAGCAGAAAUAGCUGAAUUCAACUCUUUCAAUCAGUCUCCUAGAGACUGAGUUCUGGGGAGUGACUGAUGUUUUGACCACCAUGGUCUUUUUCAGAAUCAAGUAAGCAGUGUUUUUUUUUUUAAAUUGAUGUGGAAGUGACUCACUUGAUGGUGUGAACGUAGCGCAGGGCUUGACAAAUUGUUUGGAAUCUAGGAGCCAGUCAUUUUCAAUGAGUAAAAUGCAAUUCUUAAAUGGCUGCAGUAUUUGCUUAGUCGAUUUUUAGAGCGUGUCUGCCAGUUUUCCCAACCUGCACUAUGAGUCACAGAGUACCGCAACCGCAAGGGAGCUGUGCUGUGGUCAGCUCUUACUUUACAGUAGACAACUGCAUGAAGAUGCCAAAUGCUCCCUCCUAUAAUUUGAUGGUGAUUGGGGAAGCACGGCAUUUAGCAAAAUUAGGUCGGCCGAGAUUGUUUGAAAUCAUGAUCUUCGCCGGGGAAGAAGUGCAGUGGGGCUUGCUCCCUGGUGGACAAAAGGAAAGUAAAACAGUUUAUUUUGCUAUAUAGUAGGGGGUCAUGGGUUUAAAUAGCAAAACCCUCCUGUGUUAGGAAUACAUGUUUGUAUUCCUCAUGUUAGUGUUACUUUUUAAAGUGUGGUUUUUUUUUUUUUUAGCAAGUUAUGUCCUAAUCCAAUUCCGACGAGACAGCCAGGGUAAUCAUUGCAAACGAUGAGCAAUAGACAUUGUUUGAUUUCUCUUCUUUUGUAUGUAUAAUACUUUAUUUGUGCUGACUGCAAGGGGCAGAGCUUGUAACAAUGAUUGACAGUGACCUAAAAUGUGUGAGUAGGACAGAAUUGUAGGUUUCUCCAUGGAAGGUUUUUAAUUGGGCUGUGGUUAGGUCGUUAGUGGAAGUGGUGGUAUAUCAUUAAAAGGUGUGCUGAAUUCAGUUUUUGGUAUACCUGUAUUUACAUGCCUUACCAAGCCGGAAACACAUUGGAUUUGGAUUUUUUUUUUUUUUUUUUAAACCUGGCUUUAUGCUUCGAUUUUGGAACUGAUAAAGUAUCAGAUUUUUGAGCUAAGCUGUGACGUGAAGAAUUUGUUUUAUUAUAUCUUUGAGUCUUGGAAUAUGCUACCUUUGCAGGACAGGCUACAGACAGUUGGUGAUAUCCUUACCAUGUGUCUGCCUGGGUGUCCUCUUUUUGUAAUGAAAGCUGAUUGACUGACUGCACUGAGGGAUAAAAGCUGCAAGUGUCUGGACUGUGUCUGUGUGUAAGUGGUAAGGAUGUCUUUUUUUUGGAAUGCAGGAGCGCAACUUAGAAGCUGGCUCAUAGUGCAGCAUCCCGCAAAAAAACAAACAUUUUUGUUCCAAAAACUUAAAGCUAAAAUCAAUUUAAAUGCAUUAAAGCUAUAUUGGUGCCCAGCGUGUCACUUUUACUCCCUUUAAUGCAACUAAAGUUGAACAUGUCAUUGUGGUUUCUGUGAUAGAACAGAUAAUCUGCUUUUUAAGCUAUGCAACUGUCUCCUGUCUUUAGGGGUGAGUGUGAUCCUUGUGUCUUCAUUGAUGGGACAUAUGUGGUAUCUAUUUAAAUUUUUUGAUGUUUGAAAGAGGGCAUUUUUUUUUUUUUUAUAUAUUCUCUGCGUCUCUGAACAAGUGCAAAUGUGGCUCUAGAGAAGAUAGACUUCCACAGCUUGGAUGUCCUUUGUAUAUCCAUGUCUGAAAGAGAAGUCUUACAGCUGAAGCAUUUUUUUCCUCCCUCCUUUAAAUCCCUAAGAUUACUAGCCACUGUGCGCUACAAAUUGAUAGGGGACCUACCUGCAUUUGGUGUUUAGGCAUGUCUAGAAAUUAACCGGGCAUUAUGCUUUAAUGAAAUAUUUAAUGCCUAAUAUAGGUCACCUGCUAAAUAGGGAUAGACCAAUAUUAUCAGCCGAUAUUACAGAUUUUGGCAAAUAUCGGGGUCUGCCAUGUUUGAUACCGAUAUUGGCGAUAAUGGAAGAGGCAGCAGUGGCCCAGCGCACGCAAGGCCGGUGUUUCCAUAAAGCGGAACAUGCGGCUGCAUUAGGUCGUACCAGCUCUGGGGGCACAAGAAUAGUGACUGGCAGGAAGGACGUGCACAGCGCUCGCCCUACCAGUCACUUAAUGUAGCGUGGUCGAGUGGAGCAGAGCGGACCGCGGUACAGGAGCUUCAGUUUCCUGUACCUGGCCGGACUGACGGUAAAUGCUCAGAGAGAGAUAGCUAUCGGCCUGAAAAUUCAGAUGUAUCAAUAUCGGUCGAUCCCUACUGCUAAAUGUUUGUAUUUGAGCUACUUUUCAAGAAUCCGAUACUUCUUAAAUAUAGUGGUUAACAUUCAUACAAUCCAAUAAUACAAUUUUACAUUUAUUAGUGAUUGAUUAUCAGUCUGGCCCAUAUUCUGUGUUUUCAGCAAUAUCGUUAUAUGCCAAUAAAGAUACUGAUUAUUGCUGCUCCCCUGUCUCUCUCGCAAGUCCUGCGGCCGUCAGAGCCUUGCCACAGGUUACCAUGACAAUGCAGCACACAGGCUGCGAGAGUUAGACAGACAGGGAAGGUAAGUUAGUGUGCUGGGCUCCCCAGGGAAUGCCAUAUCCCCACUCCCUGGCCAGGUAAGGAGCAGGAAGGGGGGGGGGGGACUAAAACCUAAUUUUACACACCUAACACACACUCUGCAUUCACCAUACACAGUACACACACACUCUGCAUUCACUAUAAAUACUGCAUUCACUAUACACACUACACAAACACAUACACACUGCAUCCACUAAUCAAAUACUCUCACUGCAUCCACCCCACACACAUGUUCUUGGAAACAUAAAUUCUGACUGGCAUGUAUAUUUUGUGCAUUUACCUUAAUAAAAAUUUAUUUAUUUUUUUGCAAAAAAUAAACUUGUUCAGUUAACAGUAGAUUUGUGUAGAAAUAGUUUAUUUUUAAAUGGUAAGUUAUUGACCUAAAAGUUCACAAAUUAGCAGUAUCUGCUCUAAAAAAAAAAAAAAAAAAAUCAGUUGAUCCCUAACUUUUAUUCUAUUCCUGCUAUCUGAUGUGCAUAAAGUUUUUUGAGAUUGAGCUGUAUAAUUUGAAAAAUCUGCACUUAGGGCAUAUUUGUUAAUUUAUGCCAUAUUUGUGACUCUUGCUGCAAAGAAUCUGGAAGUCAGGAUUGUUCUAAGGUAUGGAUCAGGAUGGGAACUUUAGAUUUAUUCAACAAAAUGGUGCAUUUCUUCUGCAAAUUGAUACAUCAGAGGGACAUUAUUUUCUUUAAUUUUUCUGGCUUCAGCCUGGGGAGUCUGAGUAAUCUGUUAACCCCUUAAGGACUGAGCCAAAUGUACACGUUGUGAACAAAACGUAAACAAAACCUGGCAUUUGUGCUACAUGUCUGUCCAACUGUAAUUCACCUCUUUCAUAUUAAAUGCACCCACCCUUAUUGUAUAUCAUUUUAUUCAGGGUGAACAGGGCUUUCAUUUAACCCCUUAAGGACCAAACUUCUGGAAUAAAAGGGAAUCAUGACAUGUCACACAUGUCAUGUGUCCUUAAGGGGUUAAUAUCAAAUCUUUAGCUAUGAAACAUAAUUUAAUAUGGGAGAAAAUAAAGAAUUUUUUUUCUUUUUUUGUUCUACAUGACAUUUUAACUGUGAAUGUCAUACUGUUUGCUUUUACUGCAAUAAAAUACACAUAUUUGUAUUCAGCAAAGUCUCACGUGUAAAACAGUACCCCCUAUGUACAGGUUUUAUGGUGUUUUGGGAAGUUACAGGGUCAAAUAAAGCACGUUACAUUUGAAAUUGAAAUUCGCCAGAUUGGUUACGCUGCCUUUGAGACUGUAUAGUAGCCCUGGAAUGAAAUUUACACCCAUAAUGGCACACCAUUUGAAUAGUAGACAACCCAAGGUAUUGCAAAUGGGGUAUGUCCAGUCUUUUUUAGUAGCCAUUUGGUCACAAACACUGGCCAAAGUUAGCGUUAAUAUUUGUUUGUGUGAAAAAUGCAAAAAACGCCAAUUUUGGCCAGUGUUUGUGACUAAGUGGCUACUAAAAAAGACUGGACAUAUCCCAUUUGCAGUACCUUGGGUUGUCUGCUAUUGCAAAUGGUAUGCCAUCAUAGGGGUAAUUUUCAUUCUUGGGCUACCAUAGGGUCUCAAAGGCAACGUAACCAAUCUGGCGAAUUUCAUGGAUGCCACUUUCCUGAUCCAUACCUUAGAACAUACGGUUGUAUGGGCGCCACUUUCAUAAUGCAAACACUCAAAAUAGCUUACCAGACCGUACCGCUCCGUGGAAAUGGGGGCAUUUGAGUUCUUGGUCAAUAAGUCCUACAAUUUGCUGUAGUGGUGCUUAAAGAUUAUCUUAAUUUUUAUUUUUUUUGUUAAACUCCUCAUUCCCUUACUAACUUUAAAAGUAUUUGAAUGGAAUGAAGGUUCACAGUUGGAUAGCCUUACUUGCUUGUAACAACCUCUUAGCAGUUAACUAUGUGAUGAUUGACAGACUUCUUGAAUAAUAGAUCUCUGAAAUGAGUCUGGCUUCGGAACUAUUAACCCCUUAAGGACAGAGGACGGUUCAGGACAGUCAUCAGCAUUUUUGCAUUGCCAACCGCUGACGGUCCUGAACAGUCCUAACGGUAAGAUGUACUUACCCGAUCGCCGUCGUUCCCCCGGCGGUGCUCCCGGUGUGGGGAGACUGCCUGCAGCCCAGACAGUCUCCCCAUGGCGGAUUAGGACCCCUGGGGCCAUGUGAUCACUCAACGGAGUGGUCACAAUAGGUGUCCUAGUGUCUGUCUGCAGGGGGACUGUCUGUACUUACCCGGUUGCAGGCGUUUGCGGUGAGGGGGACUCACCUGGCAUUCCAGGGAGUCCCCCUGCUGCCGUUCCGGCCCUACUGGGCCAUGUGAGGACCUCGCAAUCACAUGGACGGCAUAACCGAAAUAGAGUGUAUGUGGUUUGUUUUUGUUUUUUUUUGUUUUUUUUGUUUUUAUAUAUAUAAUUACUAUUUGCCUGACAACCCAGGCCAAAAGUCAAGGGAAUUUAAUUUGCUUGCACUAUAUUUAACCCUGUAACUUUCUAAGACACCAUAAAAUCUGUACGGUUUUACUUGGAAGACUUUGCUGAACACAAAUAUUAGGGAUUCAAAACAGUAAAAUGUACUACGAUGAUAUUGUCAGUGAAAUUUACUUUUUUUUGCAUUUUUCACACACGGCACUUACACGGACAAUAUAAUUGUGAUACUUUUUACUGUUUUGAAACACUAAUAUUUGUGUUCAGCGAAGUCUCCCGAGUAUAACAGUACCCUCAUGUACAGGUUUUAUGGUGUUUUCAAAAGUUACAGGGUCAAAUAUAAGGCUUCCUUUUCAUUUUUUUCACAUUGAAAUUCGCAAAUAGUAGUCAAAAUUGGCGUUCAAAUAAGUUUUUUGCAUUUUUUCACACAAAAAUAUUAAUACUAACUUUGGCCAGUGUUUGGCUACUAAAGACUGGACAAACUCAAUUUGCAAUACUUUGGGUUGUCUACUAUUGCAAAUGGUAUUCCAUCAUGGGGGUAAUUCUCAUUCCUGGGCUACCAUACAGUCUCAAAGGCAACCUAACAAAUCUGGUGAAUUUCAAUGUGGAAAAAAAUGAAAAAUGUAACACGCUAUAUUUGACCCUGUAACUUCCCAAAAUACCAUAAAACCUGUACAUGGGGGUACUGUUUUACACAUGAGACAUGGCUGAAUACAAUUGUUUGUUUUAUUGCAGUAAAAGCAAACAUAUGACAUUCACAGUUAAAAUGACACGUAGAACUAAAAAAAUCUUUUGUCCCAUUUUAAAAAUAUUUUAUUCAUAAUUAAUUGUGUCAUACCUAAAUAUUUGAUGUUAAAUGAAAGCCCUGUUUCCCCUGAAUAAAAUUAUAUAUAAGAAGUGUGGGUGCACAUAAUAUGAAAGAGGUGAAUUACGCCUGAACAGACGUAGCGCAUAUUCAAGAUUUUAUUUGUUUUGAUCACAGCGUGUACAUUUGGCUCAGUCCUUAAGGGGUUAAAGGAUCAUUAUAGGGUCAGGAACACAAACGUAUUCCUGACUACAUAGUGAAAACCCACUAUUUAGGUUCUUUAGCCCUCUGAGAAUGGUUAAAACUUGCCUUAUUUCCAGCUCUCAUGGGUCUGCUGGCCCCGCCGCCUUGGUGACAUCAUCAAAAUUGCCCAUGGGCAAAAUUGGCAAAGGAGCGGGGCCAAAUGCUGUUUUGGCCAAUCAGCACCUCUUCAUAGAGAUGCAUUGAAUCAGUGCAUCUCUAUGAGGAAAAUUCAGCAUCUCCAUGCAGAGCACAGGAACGCAGAACGGCAGGGUUGCUUACUGUGCAUCCCCAAGUCUGGAAACCCCUCUAGUGGCCACUUGGAGGUGUUUACAUGAAAAUGCCUGAAGGGAGCAGUUAUACUCACCAGAACAACUACAUUAAGCUGUAGUUGUUCUGGUGACUAUAGUGUCCCUUUUAAAAUACCCAGUAUUUCUAGGAUUUCAGUUAAUUUUUGAAGUUCUAAAACACUCAAGGCGUAAAUCAUGGUUUUAAUGUUAACUUUGCAAUAGUUGGCAUGCUGAGAUUACAACUUUUUCUACCUGUCACAGAAUCCAAAACCGCUACACAAGUAUAUAUUUGAAGAAAGUAAACCUUCAGGCUAUGUAAUUGUAAGAGCAUUUUGACACACUUCAUUUCACCAUUUUAUGACAAACCUAGGUCAAAUUAUUAUUUUUAAUGUUUAUUUUGGAAAAUUCAUGCAGUGUCCCACUACUGCGGACACCCUCUCAUGUUGCAACUCCUUCACACCGAUCAGUGCUGCACAGCUGGCAAAGUCUCUGAUUCUGCAGCAGGGGACAAGCAGGGAGACCUCACCGGGGUCUUUUCAGUUUGCUUCCUACAUGGGUCCUGCCAGAUGCUGUGCCUCCUGCGGCCGAAUGACAUUCAGAGCUACAAAAGCCAGCUGCCAAUCCUCCUGGUCAUUCAUUGGAUCCAGGUUCAAGACAGCCCUCUCAGCCAAACAAUAACGGUCUGUGCAUGGAAUAUGCGCAUUCCUGGCUGACUAAACAUGCUGCCUGAGGUAGUUACAGAUCUGACUGCAAUAUAAAAUAUCUAAGCAUACAGGGUCCUUAUACCAUGACAAUUCAGAAAUUUGAAGUAGUUGUAGUGUUUAGAGUAACCCUUUAAAUAUGUUUUCAAAAAGUUCUAAGCUUACCAGUACUGUAGAGUCAGACGCAGUUAUUAAUUUACUGUAACCGAUAAAAAUGUGCCGAUUCAGACUAAUGUACUGUACUUAUGUGCCGGCGUACAAGUCCACCCCCAAAAAUUAAACGCAUAAUGUUGUGGCUGAUCAAUAUAUUAACACCCCCUUCGAAUAUUGACAGGUUGUAUUGUAACAAUAUAAUCUGUUGUUCACUUUACCUGUCAGUGGUUUUAAUGUUGCAGUCGAUCAGUCUAGAUUUAGGAUUUAUUUUUUUUCUGCUCUGUAAAUCUAAUUUUAAUCUCAGGCAAAGUCUAAAAGGCUAUUAACAGAACAGGAGAUAAGAAAUGCUAAAUUAAAUGGACCGUUUUGAUAAAGUUUAAACAUUAGCUCUUUACAGGAAGUGUUCAGGAAAGCUGUAUGACUAGAGUAAUGGUGAAUUAACUAUUGGAUGGCAGAGAAUUGAGCAGCAAGAGUGCAGGGGCAUGAUCUAUACAUCAAAACUGCAUAUUCUAUUUAACUUUCAAGCUACAAUUGCUUCAAAUUCUUCAAACUGAUUUUUAGAUGGUUGGAUACUUUCUGAAUAUUUCAGUACUAGAUUAUUUGAAAUGUAUACUGAACAGUAGACCUUACUAACUGCUUAAUUAUUCUUUUGUUUAAGAUUUGGACCUCAUGGUAUACCUGUGACCAUUCACCCAAAGAGAGUGUACCAAAACCGACCAGAGGAGCCCGUUCCUCCAUUCCCAGAAGAGGCCCAGGAAAAGUGUGCAGAGAACAGAAGGGAUACCGAGGAUGUUGCUCCCACUGAGCCCUCUGAACCAUGCAAAACUGAAAACCUAUGGACUUCAAAGCCACCACCUCUUUUUCAUGAAGGAGCACCAUAUCCACCACCUCUAUUUAUCAGGGACACUUACAACCAGUCAAUACCUCAGCCUCCUCCACGUAAAAUAAAAAGACUCAAAAAGAAAAUCUACAGGGAAGAACCCACUUCAAUUAUGAAUGCUAUCAAGCUACGACCUAGACAAGUCUUGUGUGAUAAAUGUAAAAAUGUUGUUUCAGAUAGAAGUGAUAUAAGGAAAAGUGGGAAUGAUUCUUUUAAGCAAGAACAGGGAAAGCGGAGAAGGCAUGAAAGUGUAACUACUGUGAAUAAAAAACUCAAAACCGAUCAUAAAGUAAAUGGGAGAAGUCAAAGUGAAAGCCAGAAAAGAAAUGCUGUGUCCAAGGUUUCAAACUUAAAUCACAGCCGUGGAAAGGUUGUGAAGAUGACUUCCCAAACUGGUUCAACAAAAACGCCACUUCAGAGCAAAAAUAUGGAUCAUGCAAAGGCUCGGGAAGUUUUAAAAAUGGCCAAAGAGAAGGCCCACAAGCGACGAAAAGAAACCUCUGCCUCCAAAAAUGCACAUGGUAAAGUCCACUUUACGAGGCGCCUUCAGAACACAAGCUCAGGGACCCUUCCACCUAGACUACGCAUUAAGCCUCAAAGGUACAGAAAUGAAGAGAAUGAUUCUUCAUUGAAGACUGGACUUGAGUCAUUGCGAAGCGCCAAGAUUGGCAUCAAGCCCCAGACACGCUACUCUGCCACCCGUUCAGCAGGUGAGGUCUCCUCAGAAAUACAGAGUCCUUCAAAUGGCCCGGAAGAGGCCAGCAGUGAGAUUCAGGAAACAAGUGUCUGUGUACCACCUGACGAGCAGGAUGAGCAGCAAACCCUGAGCAAAAGAGGCAGCAAAAGCAAUAUCACAGUUUACAUGACCUUAAAUCAAACAAAAGCUGACUCUUCCACUGCAUCAGUGUGUAGUAGUGAUAGCACAGAUGAUUUGAAAUCCUCCCACUCUGAGUGUAGUUCUACUGAAAACUUUGAUUUCCCCCCAGGCAGCAUGCACACACCUUCCUCAUCAUCUUCCUCCUCUUCAAAAGAAGAGAAAAAGCUGAGUAAUUCCUUGAAAGUAAAGGUGUUUUCCAAAAAUGUUACUAAAUGUGUGACCCCUGAUGGCAGGACCAUAUGUGUUGGGGACAUUGUAUGGGCCAAGAUUUAUGGCUUCCCAUGGUGGCCUGCCCGCAUUCACUCUAUAACUGUCAGUCGAAAAGAUAAUGGCCUGCUGGUGCGUCAGGAGGCUCGCAUAUCAUGGUUUGGGUCCCCAACAACGUCCUUCCUUGCAUUGUCACAGCUCUCCCCAUUUUUAGAAAACUUCCAGUCCCGCUUUAACAAGAAGAGAAAGGGCCUUUACCGAAAGGCCAUCACAGAGGCAGCAAAGGCUGCCAAACAGCUCACUCCAGAGGUGCGGGCUCUACUGACACAAUUUGAAACGUGA